CAUUCCUCUUCUUCCAUCGAAAACACAUCUUCAUCCACACCCAAGAACAAAGAAUGUCCAUGUGGCACUCAUCAGUCGCCGACCCUUCUCUGCGGCUUGGUCCAGUAUGCACCUACAAGACCUGCCGACUACAGAGCCCUAACAACGAGCACCGCAUGUAUCGACACCUCGACAUCCCCUAUUUCCACCUUCACCAAGGAGAGCGGAUCCGACUUGAGCGCAUUGGCAAAGAAGGCGACGAGGAGCGACCGUAUGAAUGCCGUUGCAAAGAGCAAUUCCAUUACCAGCGAUGGUUAAUAGACCAUAUCCAUCACGGAUGUGUUGAACUCAAGACAGCAGAGCAGCAGAAGAGUUCUGAAGGCAUCCAGAGUCCAGCGGUGGUUUCCCCUUCCAGUCCCCUCUCCGCGCAAUCGCCGUCGCCUUCUCUCUCGUCACCGCGAUCGAUGACGGACUCUGGAGGACCACCAGAUUCUUUUGGGACCCAGCUCCUCCAGAAACUGGAUAAUUUGAAUCAGAGGCAAGCCCCCAUGGGCGCCAUUACUAUCACAUCCACGACCUCGACCCCAUCAGUCACUCGAGAGUCGUCUCAGAAAUCUGCUACUGCAUGUCUCGACAGAUGGGAGGGCAGCACUUCGGAUUUGAAUGGACGGGUGGACAGUUUGGAGUCGCAGUUCUCGGAUAUGGAAAAAUCAUUGGCGCAGAUGAUGGAGAAAUUGAAUGGGGUCGAGAAGAAGCAUGAGACGUUCCAGAAGGACACGCAGCGCGUGAGGGCCUUGUCGGGGAUGAUUCUCGAGUUUACAGAGAGGAUGAAGAACGAGGUCCCUAAUGAGAGCAAAUGAGGAGCAGUAGAGGCGACCACAUGGCGGGGUAUUCCUCCGUACAACAAUUACAUGUAAGAAAAAAGAAAGAACAGGGAAGGAAUGUACAAUUCUGGGCUAUGCUGGUUUCAUGUCAGAGCAGCCUUUGAACGCGUUCAAUUUGACUCAGGAACGCAAACUCUACUCUUAAUAAAGUGCACGCGGUUAUUGUGCCUUUCUAUUUUAUCAUGACAAUAAAAUUGACACGAGCCUCUAGAAUAACUACAUCUUUUAAU